CCACUAACCUGAGAAAAUGUCGAACAACCCGACAAUGCCAUGGCCAUGGAACACCAAUCCGUCUCUACUGGCUCAGUACCAGACGUCUCCGCACAAGAUGGCAGCGGUACCUUCAGGUUUAAGACCAGAGAUUAAGGAUAACGCGGAUGGGUCGAUCCGGGUCGAGUACAGUCCUGUGGCAGGGGGACGACACGAGGUGCAGAUGUGUUACGAGGGAAGCGCCGUAGAGGGUAGUCCAUUCUCCUGUCUCGUCGACAAGGUUGAUGGAGGUUAUGUGACGGCUUUCGGUGGCGGUUUGGACGGAGGAAUGAGUGGACAGAUGACCACCUUUACCAUCACUGCUAAGGCUGGAACCUUAAAGGACGUAUCUAUUGCAAUUGAAGGACCAACAAAGACUGAUUUUAAGCGGAAGGAUAAUUCAGAUAGGUGUGAUGUGUCCUUCAUGCCAAUGACGCCUGGAUUAUAUAACAUUGUAAUCAAAUACAAAGGAAAGGAGAUCAAGGGUUCACCGUUCCAGUCUAAAGUUUCAGGUGAAGGACGUAAACGCUCUCAGCUAUCCCUAGCCAACAGCAGUGAUUACUCUCUCGAUGUCCUGGAACCAGAUAUCGUGGACUUAGCUGGCCAUCUGAAAACACCUAGUGGCGCCACAGAGCCUAUUAUCCUCAAGAAACUUGCCGAUGGACACUUAGGCCUUGCCUCAUUUACGCCUCAUCAAAAGGGAGAAUACAGAGUACAGGUAUACAGGAAUGAGAAACACAUCAAAGGAAGUCCCUUCUCUAUCAAUGUUGGUGAUGGCGAGAUCGCUCACGCAUCAAAGGUCAAAGUAUCUGGACCAACUACAGAGGCCCUGGCCAAUCAGUCCAACGUACUCAAAAUCGACACAAGCACUGCAGGUUACGGUGGACUCAGCAUGGUGAUAGAAGGACCUCACAGAUCAGAGAUUGACUGUGUUGCCUCCGAAAACCGCCAGUACGAGAUCCACUACAGCCCCCAUGAGCCUGGCAUCUACAUCCUCAACAUCCGCUUCGCCGACGAACACGUUAUAGGAAGCCCAUUCCUGCUCAAUGUGGUUGGUGAUCCAUCAGGACGUAUCCGUGAAACUAUCACCAAGCAAAUGGUACAAGCGGAACCGGUGAAAAAGGGAGACCACUGUGAAUUCCUGUUGAAGAUCCCAGGUACGAACCCGUUCGACAUGGAGGCUUCCGUUACUGACGGAGACGGUUGUACCGAAUUGUGCGAGAUUAUGGACGAGGACGAUUACCACUACAGAAUGAAUUUCACCCCUCAGAUGACAGGCACUCACAUUCUUAGUAUCAAACACAAGGGCAUGCAUAUCUCAGGUAGUCCUUUCAUUUACUCCGUCGGGCAGCUAUCGUCAGGCGGUAGCCACAAGGUCCAAGUAGGAGGUCCGGGCGUUGAGCGAGGAGAGGUCACCGUCAGCAACGAUUUCAACAUCUACACACGUGAAGCAGGAGCUGGUGAACUCUGUGUUUCUUUGGAGGGGCCAUGUAACGCCAACAUCAAACUAGAGGAGCGCCCUCACGGGUUCUUGGGAAUUUCAUAUUUCGUCAAAAAACCAGGAAUGUAUGGUAUUCACGUGAAGUUUAAUGACGAACAUAUCCCCAGCUCUCCGUUUAUGGUGAACAUUGCACCCGAUAGUGGGGCCACCCGCAAAGUCACGGUGCAUGCGCUCAAGGACAGGGGCCUGUCGGUUGAUAAACCUGCCACCUUCACUGUCUCCUUCAACGGGGCCACUGGGUCAAUUCAUUCCUGCGUAAGGACUCCCUCGGGGGCCCACGAGGACUGUUUCCUGCAGGAGAUGGACACAGGUUUGUACGCGGUCCGGUUCAUCCCUAAGGAAAACGGUGUCCACUACGUGGAUGUGAAACUCAACGACCACCAUAUCCCUGACAGUCCCUUCGCCUUGAUGGUCGGGUCUACCGCGGCCGAUCCCGCUAUGUUACACGCCCACGGAGAGGGCUUAGAAACCGGCAAAUGUGGUACGAAGAACAAGUUCGUAGUAAGAACGGUGGGAUCUGGAUCUGGAUUCUUAGCGGUGUACAUCGAUGGUCCUUCCAAGGCGGCACUCAGCUGUAAGGAAGUUGACGAAGGAUACGAGUUCAGUUACUCGCCGUUCGCUCCAGGAAAAUACCUCAUCAAUAUUAAGUACAGCAACAUCGCCAUCGCCGGAAGUCCUUACGCUGCUGUUAUUACAGCGUCUGGGGGCUCAGGAUCUGGACGAAAACCACUCCAGGUAAAUGAACAGACGUCAAUGGUAGUGGAAACAAUGGAAAAGAAACAUGGUGGUAAAUCAGUAAAGCGCAUGCGUGGAGACGCCAGCAAAGUGCAAGCCAGAGGCGCUGGUUUGAAGAAAAUACGAACGAACCAGGUGCAGACCUUCUCCAUCGACACCAAAGAAGCUGGUAGCGCUAUGCUGUUCGUCGCUAUGUGUGAUCCCAAGGGUAUUCCUGAACCCGAGCUCACUGUGAAGAAGAAUGGUCCUACGCAAUUCACAGUCAGCUACAAAUGUCACGAAAUAGGGGAGCACACACUCAUGGUGAAAUGGGGUGAUGAGGAUAUUCCUGGCAGCCCCUUCAUUCUCUCUACAUAGAUACACCACAACUCAAAUCAGAUGUACCAUAAUUUCUAUGCAAUGUUUGCCGACUCUUCCUGCACGAGUAGAGGGAACGUUAUGGGUUUCUAAACACUUAUUUUUGAUAUUGUGUAUACGCUUGUACGCGUUGGAGUUUGUUAAAGAGUGAUAUUCCUGACCCGGACCGCCCUUAAGUCGUAGGCAACCAUCCUCCGCCACCACACUUGUACUCAAAUGUGCUCCAAAUAAGUUCAGGUUUUUAUUUAUUUCAUAGUAAUAUAUAUUUCGUUCAUUGUUUGCUAAUUUAUUAUUCAUUAAUAUAUGACGAUGUCGAAUUUUUAGUUUGUUUUAAUAUUAAAAUAUUUCUCUAUAUGUUUUUUAGACUGUACAUGUAGGCUGGUUAUUAAUACUUGCGGUAGAAAAACAAUGUUAGUACAAUCAUAUUUCGAAUCUGAGAAAAAUUGCUGAAAUUUUCACAAUUAUAAAUAUAUUUUAGUUGAUGCCAACAUAUUCACUGAGACAUUCGACUUCGUAUGGAUUGUUGAAAUAAACAAGAUGUUUAGAUCAUUACAUACA